CCUUACCAGCCACAAACUACCAUCAAUAAUGUCUCUCGCUCGUCAAAACUACCACUCCGAGGUUGAAGCUGCCGUUAACAAGCAGAUCAACAUUGAGCUCUAUGCCUCAUACGUCUACCUUUCAAUGUCAUUCUAUUUCGAUCGUGACGAUGUUGCCCUUCCAAACAUUGCCAAGUUCUUCAAGGAACAAUCGGAUGAGGAGCGUGAGCAUGCUACCGAGCUCAUGCGUGUGCAGAAUCUUCGUGGAGGACGUGUCGUGCUUCAGGACAUCCAGAAGCCAGAGAAUGAUGAGUGGGGAACCGCCUUGAAGGCUUUUGAAGCCGCGUUGGCUCUCGAGAAGUUCAACAACGAGUCGCUUCUGAAGUUGCACUCGACAGCCGGAAACCACAACGACGCGCAUCUCACUGACUUUAUCGAGGAGAAAUAUUUGGACGAGCAGGUCAAAUCUAUCAACGAAUUCGCCCGCAUGGUUGCCAACCUCAAGAGAGUCGGACCAGGAGUUGGAGAGUACGUCUUCGAUAAGGAACACUUUUCCGAUUAAUUAAUAUAUAUCUUAUCUGCUCAUCGCAUCUUCUUUUGUUCUCUCUGUACAUAAUUAUUUGCGAAAAUUUACAAACAUGCCACAAUCUGUCAAAUGAAAAGUAUUGAUCG